AUGUCUGCCGAGCCAGCCCCGCAACCGUGCGAGGUCUGCGGCGUCGAGACGACUCGGCGCUGCUCGGCGUGCGUCAAGGCCGGCAUCUCGCUCUUCUUCUGCGGCAAGGACCACCAGAAACUCAUCUGGCCGGCGCACAAGACGGUCUGCGGGCCUGGAAAAGCGCACCCGUUCAUGGUCGAGCCGCUCUCCGACGAGGAGGUUGCGUGGGUCCGAGGUGAGCUGGGCACGACAAGCCUGGCAUCUGGUGUGACGUUGAGCCAGGAGCUCGUCGACCUCAGCCAGAGUGAUCGGUCAGCCAAGUCGAUCCUGGGCGAGCUCACGGGCAACACGUACCUUACGAGCAAGAUACGCAAGGAGAACUUGAUCGUGCAGUGGAUCCGGGCGGUCUACGUGGGGCAAAAGCACGCCCGCCUUAACUCGCCCUCGAAGAUGGACUUGCAACGCGUCUUUGCCGACAAACCGAACCGCCUCCCGGCCUUCAUGACGACGCAGCCGUCGGCAAGCAUCCUGCGUCGGAUCUAUGCCAAGCUCGAGGCGCUGUACAUCGGCGUCGAGGUGGACGAGUCGACCUGGUUCAGCCUCGUGCAGCACAAGGCCCUCAUCAUGAGCUACCUGCUCCAGGUCAGCGUCGUCCGAGGGCAUCCCGACGAGCUCCAGAGCUAUUGGGAGCUAUGCUGCAGCCGCAUGUACGCGUGGAUCCGGGCGGGCGCCGGCUCGAACGACCCGAGGAUCGAGCGUGCGCUUGCCAGCUUUCGAGGUGCGGGCGAGGAGGUGCUGGACUCGUAG